UGGAAUUUGUAAAAUUUUUUGGACAAAUUCCAACUCUAUCUUCCGUGUCGGAGGGCGAGAGAGAGCUGCGGCGCGGCGUCUCCGCCUCCCUUCACGUUCACGUUCAAACUCUCUCUCCCUGUUUCUCCUUGGAAUUCCAUUUCACUCUUUUUUCUUUCCAUAGAGGUCUUCAGCUGUGUUUACUUGGACUUCUCCUCUUAACCUACGCCGUCUUUCCUGCUUAUUCCGGGGUUCCCCCUUUGCCCGAAAGCUGAGAUAUUCACCUUGCUGCUGCAAGUGUGCUUCGUCGUACUACCUAGGGUUCUGCUCUACUGUGAAUGCAAGUCCGUGAAUCCCUAAAUUCCCUUUCUGGAAGCUGAGGUUGUGCACGGGCUAGAUGGCAUUGCCUGAGGAUGCUGCCAAUAACGGGAAAGAGGGAGAACCUGUGGGUGAUAAUGGUUUCAUAAAGCAAUCAGAGUCUUCUCCUUGUGCCAGUGGCAGUCCUGCGGCUAUGGCUUCAUUGCAGAAGCAUUUCCAAGGGAAGGAUGCCUUGAAUUAUGCCAAUAUUCUUCGAUCCAGAAACAAGUUUGCUGAUGCUCUUGCUCUCUAUGAGAGGAUAUUGGAGGAAGAUGGUGCGAAGGUUGAAGCUUACAUUGGGAAAGGGAUAUGCCUCCAGAUGCAGAACAUGGGAAGGCUAGCUUUUGACAGUUUUGCUGAAGCUGUCAGGAUAGAACCUCACAAUGCCUGUGCCCUCACUCAUUGUGGCAUACUCUACAAAGAUGAAGGUCGUCUAGUUGAUGCUGCUGAGUCAUAUCAGAAGGCUCUAAAUGCAGAUCCUUCAUAUAAGCCAGCUGCUGAAUAUCUAGCAAUUGUCUUAACAGAUCUCGGAACGAGUUUAAAGCUUUCUGGCAAUGUCCAAGAGGGGAUUCAGAAGUACUAUGAAGCUCUUAAUAUAGAUCCACACUAUGCACCUGCAUAUUACAAUCUUGGUGUAGUAUAUUCUGAAAUGAUGAAAUAUGACACUGCCCUUAGUUGCUAUGAAAAGGCUGCCCUGGAGAGGCCCAUGUAUGCAGAAGCAUAUUGCAAUAUGGGUGUCAUACACAAAAAUCGAGGUGAUUUAGAGUUAGCAAUUGCCUGUUACGAGAGGUGUUUAGCUGUUUCACCUAAUUUUGAGAUUGCCAAAAAUAAUAUGGCAAUAGCAUUGACAGAUCUAGGCACAAAGGUUAAAUUGGAGGGAGACAUCAGUCAAGGUGUGGCAUAUUACAAGAAGGCUUUAUAUUAUAAUUGGCACUAUGCUGAUGCUAUGUACAAUCUUGGUGUUGCUUAUGGUGAGAUGCUGAAGUUUGAUAUGGCAAUUGUGUGCUACGAACUUGCUUUCCACUUCAAUCCUCAUUGUGCUGAGGCGUGCAACAAUUUGGGAGUAAUAUACAAGGACAGGGACAAUCUUGAUAAAGCAGUGGAGUGCUACCAGCUGGCUUUAUCAAUCAAACCAAACUUCUCCCAGUCACUGAACAACCUUGGCGUUGUGUACACAGUCCAGGGAAAGAUGGACGCAGCUGCAAGCAUGAUUGAGAAAGCGAUAUUAGCUAAUCCUACUUAUGCGGAAGCAUACAAUAAUUUGGGGGUCCUUUAUAGAGAUGCUGGAAAUAUAUCUAUGGCUAUUACUGCAUACGAGCAAUGCCUUCAGAUAGAUCCAGAUUCUCGUAAUGCUGGCCAGAAUCGAUUGCUUGCUAUGAACUACAUACACGAGGGACAUGAUGAUGAGCUAUAUGAGACACACAGGGAUUGGGGUAGGCGCUUUAUGAGGCUGUAUCCUCAAUCCACUUCCUGGGACAACCCAAAAGAACCAGAAAGACCACUUGUCAUUGGAUAUGUAUCUCCAGAUUAUUUUACUCAUUCUGUAUCUUAUUUCAUUGAGGCACCCCUUGUCUAUCACGACUAUACAAAGUACAAAGUAGUUUUGUAUUCGGCAGUUGUUAAGGCAGACGCAAAAACUAAUAGGUUUAGAGAGAAAGUCCUUAAAAAAGGAGGGUUAUGGAGAGACAUAUAUGGAAUUGAUGAAAAGAGGGUGGCAGGUUUGGUCAGAGAAGACAACGUUGACAUCUUAGUGGAACUAACUGGACAUACUGCUAACAAUAAAUUGGGCACUAUAGCGUGUCGACCAGCACCUGUUCAGGUUACAUGGAUAGGCUAUCCAAACACAACUGGUUUACCUAGCAUUGAUUACAGAAUCACUGAUUCCUUGGCUGAUCCACCAGAUAGUAAACAGAAGCAUGUUGAAGAUUUAGUCCGAUUACCAGGAUCCUUUCUUUGUUACACUCCGUCGCCGGAAGCUGGGCCAGUUUCAGUCGCUCCUGCUGUGUCCAAUGGCUUUAUAACAUUUGGAAGUUUUAACAAUCUGGCAAAGAUAACGCCUAGAGUACUGCAAGUGUGGGCUAGGAUUCUGUGUGCAGUUCCAAACUCCCGCCUGGUUGUUAAAUGCAAACCAUUCUGUUGCGAUAGUGUUAGACAGAAAUUCCUGACGACCUUGGAGCAGCUAGGGUUGGAACCAUUGCGUGUUGAUCUUCUGCCUCUAAUUCUUCUGAACCAUGAUCAUAUGCAAGCAUAUUCUCUCAUGGACAUCAGUUUGGAUACCUUCCCGUAUGCUGGAACAACAACAACUUGUGAAUCUUUGUUCAUGGGAGUGCCAUGUAUUACCAUGUCUGGAGCAGUACAUGCUCACAACGUUGGUGUUAGUCUUCUCAGCAAAGUAGGGCUAGAAAAUCUUGUUGCAAAAAAUGAGGACGAGUAUGUUCAACUGGCACUGCAGCUGGCUUCAGAUGUUGAUGCUCUCUCGAGCUUGAGGAUGAGGCUCCGAGAUCUUAUGUCCAAAUCGCCUGUAUGCGAUGGAGCAAACUUCACCCUCGGCUUGGAGUCCGCGUACCGGGACAUGUGGCGGAGAUACUGCAUGGGUGACAUGCCAUCUUCGAAACACAUGAUGGAACUCGUACAACAACAGCAAGGAAUUUCAGAAGCACCCAACGACAACUCUCAACAAGCCCAAACUACUAUCUCGAGCAUGACUAGCUCAAGAGAAGAAGACUUGCUGCAUGGAUCUGCAAUCAAGGAGAAUGGAUUCAGCAGUCCAGCACCAUCAUCGAUGGUCGAUCAUUUUUGUGACGAGAAUGGGAUUUGUUAAGAAUCUCGCUCUGCAUACCACAAGAUCAGAGUCGAAGUGAAAUGGCUCAUCAUGAGAUGAUGUGUGAUCCCUAUACGGGUUUACCCUUCCAGUAUCUGGAGCUGGAUGCAUAGAGCAAGUGAAGGUAAAAACGGGUGGGGGCUAAGAAGUUCUGUAUGUGUGUUCGCUGCAGGGGAAUUUUUUUUUUUUUUUUGGGGAAGAAGGGUUGCCGGGUCCAAGAGUUGUGACGGCUUGGAUUCGAGGGUAAACCUGAUGUUGUAGUUAGGUGGGCAUCUGAGGUGUUCUUUCCCAUGAUUAAUAGGUAACUAGAUUUUCUUUGGUUUUGUAAAUGGAAGAUACUUGACGUUGUCUGGUAGCGUUAGUGUACUCUCUUCUCUUCGGGAAGGGAACCAGUAGAAGCAAGGUUGUUAACCCGCGGGUCGACCCGCGGGUCGACCCGGAUUAACCCGGACCCGGCCAAAAAAACGGGCCAUACUAACCCAUUUUACUAUCAGCCCGGAAAUGGUCAAACCCGGAUAAACCCGGUCAAACCCGGGUUGGCCCGGCCGGUUAGCCCGUUGGAACGGGUCAGCGGGCUGAUCUUCCUGAGCCCCGUUUUGGCCGUUACGGCGCCGUUUUGGCUUGGACGGUCCACUUCUUCUUCUCCCUGCAGCGAAACCCUAGACUCUAGAGACUCCAUUAGCCGCCCAUUUCGAUUUCCAUCAGGCUGCAGCGCAGCCGUGUCCUGCUCUCGCCAUCUCCAGGGUUCU